AUGAGCGUAUCCCAGGUCAGGGGCCAGACAACUUUUGGUUACCUUUUCGAUCGAAAACCGCCACUCAACAUCCUCACUACUAGCUCAACGAUGGUCGCUGGCAUUGCGGCGUAUUCGUUUUGGGGCCUAACGCAUAGCCUUCCACUUCUCGCAGUGCUCGCUGUCAUUUACGGCUCCUUUGGAGCCGGAUAUACUGCUUUGCUUUCUUUCGGCCUGUUGAACUUCGGGAGGGGUGUCGGGAAUGUGCUUGCAGGACCGAUUGGGGGUGCGCUGUUGGAACAAAGUGUAGUCGUUGUAGAUUACAGAGCCGGUAAGUACGAGAAGGUUGUCCUGUUUGUGGGACCUGCGAUGGUACUUAGCGCCGGAAUCGUCGCAAUUCAAGACCUACAAUGUGCAAAGCCGGUGAGGCUGUUGCGACGGUGA